AUAUUUGGAAUUGUCUUAACGCAUUUGGCCACGGCGAUGCACGAUAGUUUUGGUGUACUUCCAACGAACAUCUUCAUUCUCGUCUGCAUGGUGGUAGCUGCUGUUCCGGCUUGUUUCAUGAAAGAUGAUCUCAGACGCCAACGAGCACAAAAAGUGGUUCAAGCUGAAGUGUCCCUCAAUUCUCAAGGUGAUGAAGAGGAGACAUUGAAUGAGAAACAUGUUGAGAGUAUGUAA